AUGAUUAGCUCUAGCCUCUUGUUCAUUUUGCUUCCAUUGCCAGUAGCAGCCCUUUUCUUGCUCUCCAAGGCACUCAAGGUUGGCUCUAGGCCUGCCGGGUAUCCACCUGGUCCGCCGACGGUGCCUCUGCUAGGCAACUUGCAUCUUAUGCCGACUUCCAAACCGCACCUUCAAUUACAGAAAUGGGCUAAGGAAUACGGACCCAUCUAUUCGCUAAUCCUGGGCACGAAAACAAUGAUCGUAUUGUCCUCCGACACUGCAGUGAAGGACCUGCUAGAUAAGAGGAGUGGAAACUACUCGGACCGCCCGGACAUGUUCAUUGCGCAAAAGAUCGCUAGUGGAAACCUUCGAAUGGUCGUCAUGAGAUACGGCGAGAACUGGCGUAUGAUUCACCGGACGAUUCACAGCUUUCUCAAUAUCAAGGCUGCUGUAAGCUAUGUCCCUUAUCAAGAACUAGAGAGCACUUUCCUCUUGGGAGAUCUUUUGGAUACCCCAAACGACCUUCUCCACCACGUUCGCAGAUUCACACAUUCUCUCUCCACCCAAAUGAUCUACGGUUAUCGCUGUGUCAAUAAAAACGAUCCAAAUCUCCGACAGCUAUUUGAGGGCUUUGAAAAGUGGGGCGAGCUGGCGGGGAGUUCCAGCGCUCAGCUGGUGGAUCUCUAUCCAUUCUUGCAGAAACUGCCGGACUUCUUGGCCCCAAAUGUCAACUAUGCUAAGGGAUUAUUUACAGUCGAGAGGAAGAGUUACGUUGGUCACUGGAUGAAGUCAAAACAAGCGUUGGAUAGCGGCAAAAGUCUACCUUGUUUUUGCAAUGACAUUUACCAGGCGCAAACGAGAGAGGGCUUCGACGAUGAUCUGGCAGGCUAUAUCUGCGGCUCAUUGCUCGAGGCAGGAUCAGACACUACAGCAGCCACUUUGUAUGCCUUCGUCCAAGCGACCCUAGUUUGGCCCGAGGUACAACGCAAGGCUCAGGAAGAAAUCGAUCGCGUGGUUGGUCUUGAUCGACUUCCAACCAUGGAUGACUAUGAGAGCCUGCCAUACAUUCGCUGGUGUGUCAAAGAAAGUCUACGAUGGAUGCCUACGGCCAUUCUUGGUGUCCCGCAUGCUGCGCUCAGGGAAGACAAGUAUAUGGGCUACACAAUUCCGCAGGGGGCAACAGUAAUUAAUAAUGUCUGGGCUAUUCACAUGGAUCCUGAUCGGUCCGACGAACCUCGAGUCUUCAAGCCGGAACGGUUCAUAGGCGACAACACCACCCUCUUUCAGUCUGCGAUUGGUGACACGAAGAAACGUGACAACUUUGUUUUUGGAGCUGGCCGCCGCAUGUGCCAGGGGAUUCAUAUUGCGGAGAGAUCUCUCUUUUUGGGCAUUUCGCGCCUCAUGUGGUCUUUCAAUUUCUUCCCUAUCAAAGAUUUCAAGUACGACAUUGAAGACCUUGUUGGAGGUCUGACAGUCCAGCCAAAUGAGUAUCCGGCCCACGUUGAGCCUCGAUCUAUGGACAAGGUAAAGAUUAUCAGAGAGAGCGUGGCGGAGUGUGAGAAGCUCCUGGAUCCACAUACUCUUCAGUGGAAUAGCGUGCCUGCGGGCAUGGCGUUCAGCACUUGGAUGCCAGAUAACACUGCGACCUAG